GUGAAGCAUAAAGUGAUGCGAAAACUGAAUGUAAAUAAACACUGAAUUGAAUGAGAAAUUGACGUUUGGUUUGACUCUUGAAAAGUAACAGCUCUUCGGCGGUGACGACGACGAGGAGGACAGCAGUCGGUGGACGCCAUGUCUGAUAUGACACAUACGGACUCCGAUCUGAUCAAGAAAACCAAGAAAACGUGCGAAAAGAUAUCGGAAAACAUGUAUAUCUUAGGCAAUGAGCCAUCGCUGGCCUGUUUCCGACUCCAAGAGCACUGCCAUAAGUCUGUACCGCAACUGAUGGACAAAAUGAGUGAAAUGAAGAAAACGGAGAAACGAUUGAAAGGAAACUUCUAUGACUUGGAGUACUCUAUCGGUGCACUCAAAUCGAUGGCCGGAACCGAAAGCCACUUCCAGAACGUUCAGGAAUUGCUUAAGAACUCAGUCUUUUUGAAGCAACAAAUUGAUUACGAAGAGAGUAUUAGACAACGGGUUUUGAACACUUCGGGAGCCACCGCUUCGGCCAAUCAUCCCAUCAAUUCGGCCAAUCGGAGAGCGUUUCAGCGUUUUUCGGGUUCCUUUGAUUUGCCGACGUCUUUGAUCCCGGCGUCCAUCGCGAGCGUCACCUCCAGUGCCAGCGCUGACCUCAAAGACUUGCGAAAUGUCAUCAAUCAGUUCACGUCUACUCCGACGACCGUCAAGAGGAACAGAACCGCUUCCCUGUCGUCCACUCAAUCACUUAAACGCAACUCAGAUAUACCGCAACAAACCAGCGAUGAGUCCGCAGCACAAGAACAAGAGGCUAACCCCGAGUCCAUUGAAGACAAUCAAUGA